AUGCCUCCCAGCGCGACAGCAGAACAAUCAUCAUCCUCAGCAAACUCGCCUAAGCCUCCUCAAAAACUCCACUACGUUUUUGAGCCGAAAUUCCCUGGUCCGACACCUCAAGCUGAUGACUACUCUAAAUACCGGGGUCGCAGCGAUGCGGCUAUAGUCAUCGACAAUGGUAGCUGGAACACACGUGUCGGCUGGUCUUCAGAAUCAGCCCCCCGAAUAGCAUUCCCACCUAUCUUAUCCAAAUACCGAGACCGAAAGCUCGGUCGUACAUUCACACUCGUCGGCAAUGAUGCAUACGCCGAUAGUAACUCCCGAACUGCAUCCAAGAACGCCUUUGAUGUCAAUAUAGUCUCCAAUUUUGACGUAAUGGAAAAUAUCCUGGAUUAUAGCUUUCUAAAGCUUGGAAUUGAUGGUAACGAUGGCAUUGAGCAUCCAAUCGUUAUGACCGAGGCGUUAUGUAACCCGACUUAUUCGAGGAAGACGAUGUCGGAACUCCUCUUCGAAGCAUACAAUGCGCCAUCUGUCACAUAUGGCCUCGAUUCUCUUUUCUCAUAUCACUACAACGGCGGUACUACCGGUCUAGUCCUAUCCUCAUCGCAUACAACAACCCAUCUCAUCCCCGUUAUGAACGGCAAAGGAAUCUUGAACAUGGCUACGCGUUUGAACUGGGGAUGUUCACAGGCGGUAGAAUUCCUCACCAAGCUCCUAGCUCUAAAAUAUCCUGGAUUCCCGAAGACAUAUCCACAACAGAUGGAAAGCUUGGUCCAGGAGCAUUGUUAUGUCAGCCAAGACUACAAGGCCGAGAUGGCCGGGUAUUUAGAGAUGGGUAGCUUAGACGAACGGGAUCGAGCGAUCCAGUUUCCCUUUGUGGAAAUCAUCAAGGAACAAAAAAGUGAAGAGGAACUUGCUAGGAUCGCAGAGAGAAGGAAGGAGAGCGGUAGGAGGUUGCAGGAGCAGGCUGCCAAAAUGAGACUUGAGAAGCUUAAAAAGAAGGAAGAGGAACUUGCAUACUACCAACAUUUACUCGAGAAAGGAAAGACGGAAACCAAAAAGAACUUUAGCAGGCAACUCGAAAACGAGGGCUUCAAGGACGAGGUACAACUAGAGAAGCGAAUUAAAGAACUAGAGAAAUCGAUCCGAAGGUCGCGAAAUAAGGAUUUGGGUAUUGAAGAGGAGGAAGAGGAGGAAGUGCCGACAUUCCCACUUCUCGAUACCCCAGACGACCAGCUGGAUGAAGAUGGUCUCAAACAAAAAAGAGCCCAGAGGCUCUUGAAGGCGAACUAUGAGGCCCGUCAACGACUGAGGGCGGAGAAAGAGAAGGAGCGAGAGCGAUUACGACUAGAGGCAGAAAAGGAAGAAGAAAAGCGAACAAACGACCUUGAAGGCUGGAUCGCGGAGAAGAGGGGUAUGAGAGAUGGACUUGUCGCUAAAUUAAAGGAGCGUGAGCAGAGGAAAAAUCAGCUUUCAGAUAGGAAGUCGUUAGCUUCACUGAACAGGAUGAAGGCUAUCGCUCAUCUUGCGUCAGACGAGCCCACGAGAAAACGCAGAAGAGGAAAUGAUGAAGAUACAUUUGGAGCUGACGACGACGACUGGGCUAUCUACCGCGACAUCGCAACCGUCAACGAAGAUGAGGAGGAAGAAGACGAAGAAAUGCAGACGGAACUUAAGAAUCUAGAAGCACAACUGCUACGUUACGAUCCGGAGUUUACAGAAGACAGCCUUCAGGGUGCAGGCUCGGAUUGGAGUAAGAGCUUGAUUCAUGCAUUCUUACGGGGUUGUCACCCGUUCGACCCGGAGAACCAAGCUGAGGCUCAUCAAAUGCACUUGAAUGUUGAGAGGAUACGUGUUCCCGAGGUUAUCUUCGAACCCAGUAUGGCCGGGGUUGAUCAGGCUGGUAUCGUAGAGAUCACAUCGGAAUUACUCCUCAACAGAAUCACAGAGAAACAGCAGAGAGAAUCUAUAUAUAGAGAUAUAUUCCUCACCGGAGGGUAUACACUUUUCAAGGGCUUCGAGGAGCGAAUGCGUACAACCCUCGUAUCUGUACUCCCAUUCGAAGCCGAAUUUGGGGUCAGAACUGCGAAAGACCCACUAUUGGAUGCGUGGAAGGGAGCGGCAUUAUGGACGAAGUCAAACAUUGGUGAGGCCGCCUGGAAGGGGGCAGCGAUCACCAAGGCGGAAUACAGCGAGAAAGGAGCGGAUUAUAUCAAAGAGCACAACCUAGGGAAUGUCAUGGGCUAG